AUGCAGCAACGUCGGGAUGAGAUCCUCGCUAAGAAGGCGAAGCUCGCCGAGCUGAAGCGGCAACGAGAGCUCCGUGCUACUCAGGCUAAUGCCCGCUUGAGCAUAGGAAGCGCAAGCGAUAUAGUUAGCCCGACGCCCGGUAGGGCAGAAAGCCGUCGUGAGAUCGAAACUCUGAUCCAGAGCCUGGUUGGCGAGAGCAGACCCGUAUCCGUCUCGACCGGCGCAAAUUCUCCCCGCCUCCAUGGAAGCCGACCCAACAGCGUAAUAAGCGCCGGGGAAACUAACCACGCAGGUCCUCUCGACGACUCUCACGACUGUUUACCGAAUGCCCACAUCGCCGUGAAGGAAGUAUUUACGUACAGCAAAGGAGUACAGACCACAGACGAGUGGGCACCCCAGCCCAAGGCCCGAAGAUAUUCGGACUCGGAAAUCGACGAACCGCCUGCAUCACCCACUAAGACCAGGAUCAGCAGAAGGUUACGGGAUCGCGAAGAAGAGUUGCGCGAGAACAUAAGAAAGGAGAUUGAAGAGGAGUUGAAAGCGGCCAAGGAACUUGUCACAGAUGGAGUGUACAAGCCCUCUGCUGCGGCGAACUUUGCCACGAGGAAUCUCACGGAUGAAGAGUUGAACGCCGUUACGCAAUCCGACGAUUUUAUGGACUUUCUCGACAGGUCGACCAAGGUCAUCGAAAAGGCACUCGACCAGGAAUACGAUAUUUUGACGGAUUAUACCCUCGGAGUAAACGAUGUCGAUGAAGAGGACGAACAGAACGGGAACACGGGCGGAAAGGGCCGGCGGAAAGUGAAGGAAUUGGCCCAGUUUUACGAUGAGAGGUGGUCCAAGAAGCGCAUGAUCAGCUCCAUUGACUUCUCGCCCAAGUUCAGCGAACUACUUCUGGCAUCGUACACCAAGAACCCUUCGGCACCCCACGACCCAGAUGGAAUUGUACAGGUCUGGAAUAUGCAUUUGCACGAUAGGCCCGAGUUUGUGUUCCAUGCGCAAUCCGACAUCUUGACGGCCAAGUUUUCUCCGUUCCACCCUAACCUAAUUAUCGGCGGAUGCUACAGCGGACAGGUUCUGCUCUGGGAUACGCGCGCCAGGUCAGCUCCUGUACAGAAGACGCCCCUGACCGGUUCCGGACACACACAUCCCGUUUACUGUAUCGAUAUUAUUGGCACGCAGAACGCCAACAACAUUAUUUCUUGCUCGACCGAUGGCCACAUGUGCGGCUGGAGCAUUGACAUGCUCGCCCAGCCUCAAGAGAACCUCACACUUAUUGCCCCCCAUCCAUCCAGGACUGAAGACAUGAGUCCCACAUGUAUGGCAUUCCCGCAGGCCGACCCGACUUUCUUCUUGGUUGGAACGGAAGAGGGAUCCAUCUACCCGUGCCAUCGGUACGACCGCGCCGGUGCCAAGGCAGGCGUUGAUGCUCGCGUCAGCUACAGGGGCCAUGCUGCUCCCGUCAUGGCAGUCGACUUCCAUCCUGCACGGGGUGUUGUCGACUUGGGCGAUCUCGUACUGUCUGCUAGUUUGGAUUGGAGCGUCAAGCUCUGGAAGGCGCGCGCUCCUGCGGCAACGUCUACGGUUGUGACAACGGGCGGCGGUAUCAACGUGCCGGGUCAAGAACAUAACGGCGUUCAGCCACUUAUGGACUUUGUGCGCGAGGAUGUCGUUUACGAUGUGGCCUGGUCACCGGUGAAGCCUGGUGUGUUCAGCUUGGUUGACGGCGCUGGCUGGCUUGAACUGUGGGACAUUACCGUGGAGACCGAGGAGCCCGUUGCGCGCAUUUCUCCUAGCCCACGCAAGGAUGGACGACCAAUGCUGAGUAAGAGCUUGAACAAGGUCAAGUGGGAGCGUACUGAGGGCAAGAGAUUGGCCACUGGCGGUAUCGACGGCACGGUCACUAUGUUCGAAGUUGGUCCGGAUCUGGGUGGAAAGGAGGACCUGAAGAAUGAGGAAUGGCAGAGUGUGAAGAAGCUGGUGCAAAAGGCCGAGCAUAUGAAUUCUCUGAAAGAAGCGCAGAAGCAGUAA